AUGUUCAUGAACCGAGACCGCUCAGCCGCCGCAGCAGCAGCACCGGGACCAGGACCAGCUGUUGCCCCAGCAGCCGUAGCAAGAGCAGCAGUGGCUUCAGGUGCAGCAGCAACUAGCUCCCAAACCUGCAAGCGAGCAGCAGCUGCAGCUCCAGACGCGCAGCCUGUUGCCAAGGCAGCAAGGAAGCAGCCGCAGGCCGAGCAGGCACCGCCGCAGCAUGAGGAGGCGCAGCAGCAGCAGCCGCAGCCACCCCAGUCGAACCGCGAUGCAGCCACAAAGAGCCUCAUCGCGGCGGCCCGGCUUGGCGGCGGCAGGCACAAGUGCCUGGCGGCGCUGCACGCCGCGCUGGCGGAGCUGGGGGAGGCGGGGGCAGCUGGGAGCAGCAGCCAGGCGGAUCCGCAGUCCGCUCUGGACGAGGCCCUCAUAGCGGCAACCCAGAACAGCGAUCCAGGGGCCUGCCUGGCUGCGGUCAAAGAGCUGUUAGAUGCGGGUGCAGUCCCAAACCAGUUGGCCCCGCAAGGCAGCAGCGGCAGCAGCGCGCUCCCCGAUGGCCCGGCGCUGCACGCAUUCCUCACCAAGCCUUCCCGCACGGCAGGCUGGACAGCAGACCAGCACACAGCCGUGCUGGCAGCCCUGCUCGCUGCUGGUGCGUGCGCAGUCUCAAGCGACCCGCGGCUCAAGGUGCCUCUGCACCUUGCUGCCAUGCUUCCCAACGCGGCAGCCGCAGAGGCAGCCGUGGCGGCGCUGGUGGCGGCAGGCGCAGACGUGGAUGCCGCUCAGCCAGCAACCGGGCUCACGCCGCUGCACCACGCCGCCUUCAACACCAGCGCCGACGCAGCGAGGGCGGCUGUGUCGGCGCUGCUGAAGGCGGGCGCAGACCCGCUGGUGGCUGAUGCCAGCGGCCGCCUCCCCGCCACGUAUGCAGCCAGCUGCGCCUUGACGCCCAGGGUCGGCGCUCCGGUUGUGGAGGUGCUGACAAACGCGGUGGCGGCGCGCUGGCAGCAGGCGCGGCAGCAGCUGACGCAGCUCAAGGAGCAGCACGAGGCGCUGCAGGCGUGCACGGUGUGCAUGGCGGCGCCCCGCACCACCGCGCUGCUGCCCUGCGGCCACUUUGCGCCGUGCGCGGGCUGCGCAACAGCCUGCAAGCAGUGCCCCGUGUGCCGGGCAAAGCCCCGCUGCCGGCAGACCAUCCACCUGUCCUGA